CAAGAGAACUUUAAUAAUGAAGUAGAGCACGGAGUGCGCGUGUGCUCACGUUAACUUUAGGAUCAGCAGUUAAAGCGGAAAACACGGCUAGUGCAAGACCGCGCUCCUCGGAGUUUGGGUUAUAGUGCGGAUCUGUUGGUUGGAGCGUUCCGCUCCGGUGCGGCCAGUGCAGCUCUCAUGAACUUAGGGAGGACUUCACUGACAGCGCGUGCACUGACUGGCGCGAGCUGUUCCUCGCGCUUCACGCAGCUCGACCACUUGAAUAUUUUUGGAUGAGCAUGUCAACACAGUGAAAGCGAACGGACCUUCUGGAGAGUUUGGAAAUCGUAGCAACGCACAACUCAUAAGAGUGUUUGGACUGUAGCUUCGUGGAGUGGAAAUUCAACUGAUGGAGAAUACACAGGAUCUGAAUGAACAGAGCGUGAAGAAAUCCACCACUGAUUCUCAUGCUCCAGACCCAGUAGACAACAGGGCUUUGGAGAUGCAGGAACUUACAGAUGUCCAGCACUCUGUUAACAGUGGCAGUGACGGCACUUCCAAACUGGACAAAACCAUCCUCAGCAACAACAUCACGACCAAUGGAACUGGAGGAGAGAACAUGACAAUUCUAAACACGGCUGAUUGGCUGCUGGGCUGCAGUUCCCCGCCCACUGCCCCAAGUAUGAAGAAUGAUGUUAAGUCUGAGCCUCUGAACAGCAGUGAAGCCGUGAGUUCAGCAGGAGACUCUGGGCUAGACACUUACACUGGGUCAGUUAUAAGCAGCAGUGGAUUCAGUCCCCGGCCGGCACACCAGUAUUCACCUCCUCUCUACCCUUCAAAGCCUUACCCUCACAUCCUGUCUACCCCUGUGGCUCCGCCCAUGUCAGCCUACACGGGCCAAUCACAGUUCAGCAGCAUGCAGCAGUCAACAGUUUACACGCCCUACUCGCAAACGACUCCACCCUACGGCCUUUCCACCUAUGCUACAGAUUUGGGGGUGAUGUUGCCAGGGAUAAAGACAGAAGGAGGGCUUACACAGACCCAAUCAACCCUGCAGUCAGGGCUCAGCUAUAGCCCUGGAUUUACCACCCCUCAGCCGGGACAGACAGCCUACUCACCCUAUCAGAUGCCAGCAGGUUCAGGUUUCACAACCUCUCCUGGUCUCUACACUUCCAACAACUCCAACCCAGGAAAUUUCACCACACAACAGCAGGAAUAUCCCUCAUACACAGCUUUUGGGCAGAAUCAGUAUGCUCAGUAUUACUCCACCUCCUCCUACGGCUCCUAUAUGACAUCUAACAGCUCAUUGGAUGGCACAGGUUCAGUCUCCACCUAUCAGCUGCAAGACCCCAUCAUGACAGGACAAGCAGCUGACCUCAAUCCAAGUGAGUUUGAGGCGGGGCAGAGCCCGUCUACACCCAUCAAGGAGAUGGAGGACCGAGCCUGCAGAGGGGGUGGGGCUAAAGCAAGAGGGCGGGGCAGAAAGAACAACCCCUCCCCACCACCUGACAGUGACCUUGAGAGGGUGUUUGUUUGGGAUCUGGACGAGACGAUCAUUGUGUUUCACUCACUCCUCACUGGCUCCUAUGCACAGAAGUAUGGCAAGGACCCUCCGUUGGCUGUAACUCUUGGUUUAAGGAUGGAGGAGAUGAUCUUUAAUCUUGCAGACACACAUCUUUUUUUUAAUGAUUUAGAGGAGUGCGACCAGGUGCACAUCGAUGACGCUUCUUCUGAUGAUAACGGACAAGACCUCAGUACUUACAGUUUUGCCACUGAUGGCUUCCAUGCAGCUGCAACAAGCGCAAGCCUCUGCCUCGCCACAGGUGUUCGUGGCGGAGUCGACUGGAUGAGGAAACUAGCCUUCAGAUACAGACGAGUCAAGGAGUUGUACUGCACCUACAAAAACAACGUGGGAGGGUUGCUGGGUCCGGCUAAGAGAGAGGCGUGGCUUCAGCUCAGGGCAGAGGUUGAAGCUCUCACAGACUCAUGGCUGACUAGUGCGCUCAAGUCCCUGUCAAUCAUCAGCUCCAGGAGUAACUGUGUUAAUGUGUUGGUGACAACGACACAAUUAAUACCUGCACUCGCUAAGGUGCUGUUGUACAGCCUGGGCUCUGCGUUUCCCAUUGAAAACAUUUACAGCGCAACCAAAAUAGGUAAAGAGAGCUGUUUUGAGCGUAUAGUAUCCAGGUUUGGCACUAACAUAACGUAUGUUGUGAUUGGUGAUGGGCGCGAUGAGGAGCAUGCAGCCAGCCAGCACAACAUGCCCUUCUGGCGAAUAUCCAGCCACUCUGACCUGCUUGCCCUUCAUCAAGCACUGGAGUUCGAGUACCUGUAACACUCGACACCUGUAUCAUAGGCCUUUUUUUGUACAACUAUUUAAGAACAAGAGUACACUGCGAUCUCUUUUUAUGUUGUUGUUGUUGCUGUUGUUGUCGUCUUUUUGAUUAUUUUAAAGAAAUCUCUGGCUUUUACGAUAACUCUGCACUGUCUUAAGAAGACUAGGACAGACUAGGAAGAGGAGAAAAUGGGAUUAUUAUGGUCAAACCAGGCUUGUAAAGAGCUUACUAAGGUCUUACGUCACACACACUGCAUUUCACGUCUGAAGGAGGUGAGUUCUUGGGUCUUGAAAACUGCAUAUAUCCUCACACUCAUCUACAGGAACAUUAUUCUCUGUCUAUAUUGUUGACUUCAUCUCCACUUAAACAACUCGAGCGCUGUACUCUAAACCAGGAGCAUUUAGAGUAGACAUAACAACUCAUGUAAAUUAUUUUACAGGUACUAGAUUAAACACUAAAGGACGCUGUGUGUUUUCACAUGGUAUCGUUUUGAUUUUGUCUGUUUUUUUGUAAGUUUUUGGCAAAAAAAGAAAGUCUGUGUAUAAUUUGUUGUGCCUUAUAAGAUGUUUUGUGUGUCAGUUUUUAUUUUGAGAAUGUAUGUAGAUAAAAAUAUGUAAACAUUUGA